GUAUCGAUGAGUUUUUGAGUACUGAGAAAAUCAUCUUUAAGAUAAUUAUUUUAUUCCACCCUUCUUUUAAUGCAGUUGGGUGUUCUUUCCAGAUUGAUAAGCUGUCAAGCACUGUAGUGCGGUGGUUGAGAAGUCUAACUCGUGACACUUUAUUUACGGGAAUGAGUCUUGGCAUGGCGCUGAUAUAGCAGAUGAAAAGCAUGAACAAUUAGAUAUUUGUAACAUAACCUCAAAAUAGAGUGCUGCCACGGAACAGCAGAAAAUCAAGGGGACAGUAAAGUUGACCUGCAAUCUGUAGGAAGGACUGACAAUAAGUUAAUAUUGUUUUAAUGUCAAAGCUGAACACUGGGAUGGAGUUAAUCAGGUGAAAAUGGAGCACCAGUUAAUAGUUGAAGUUAAAUCUGAAAAACCAGAUACGGAAACAACUGUGGACAACACAAAUUUUGAUAAUUCGGAUACUUUGAUGCUGAAGGAAGAGUUCAACAUCAAAUCCGAAUAUGAUGAAGAAUCAAAAUGGGAUAGGAUCAAAGUUGAAGAGAAAUUAUUGCCUGCAAUUGAAGCUGACUGGACGGCAGAUACUGUUGACCAGAUCAAAAUGGAGUUUCAAGAGCCUGAAAAACUGGAAGAAUGCAGCACCUAUUUUGAAAAUACGGACGCGAUCGCGCUAAAUGAAGAAUUCGACAUCAAAACUGAGGGUUACCAAAGUGACGGACGUGAUUCGGCGGCCGAUAGAGCACAAAUGAAGUGGAAAACGGAGCAAAAGUAUUUACAAGUCAAAGAAGAGAAACAAUUGUUAAGCUGCUAUAAUUGUAACUAUACCGAUCCUACUAAAAAAGGUUUAAUCAGCCAUAUCAAGAAAAAUAAUUGCAGUUUAGGAUCGAGUUUGGAAAAAACACGAUCUGUUUCUAGGAUACAGUACCGAUUGAAUAUUUGUAAUAAAUGUAAUGAGGCGUUCAAGAGUAAAGCGUUAUUAGAUAAUCAUAUCUCGACCGUUCAUAAAAGUAUUUUAACCAGGCACACGCACCUAUGCAAACAUUGCGAUAUGUCAUUUAAAAGAAAGGAAUCGCUCUUUGACCAUAUUCUAAAGCAGCAUCCCAAGUUUGGCGGGACAAUUUCCAGGAAGUUAUAUGAAUGUAUGCAUUGCGCACUAAAAAUAACAAAUAGGAGUAAUUUCAUAAGGCACAUGACAAAACAUAACGCUCAAAAGCCGUUUGGGUGCACGAACUGCGAUGCGUCGUUCAAAAGCAAGCUAUGCCUAGAUCACCACAUUUUACAAAAACAUUCCGAAUUUACUGAUUCUGUCUCUCAUACGAUCCUCGGAUGUACAGAAUGCGAAUACAAAACUAUACGCGCGAGGUCUUUAGCUAGGCACAUCAUGAAACAUACUGGAACGUGCAAGUUCACUUGUAAUAAAUGCGACGCGUCAUUUAGAACCAAAGUAUGGUUAGACAAUCACAUUUUGCAGAAGCAUCCUCUCUCUACCACUUCCGUGUCUCAUAAGAUACACGAAUGUACUCAAUGCGGCUAUAAAACGACCCACACGCAGGCCUUAGCUAGGCACAUCAUGGAACAUACCGGAACUAAGCUCAAGUGUACAAAGUGCGAUGCUUCGUUUGCGUUGAAACAGUCAUUGCACAAUCACAUUGUACGGAAACAUCCCGAGUUCACUGCUUCUGUGUCUAGUAAGGUACGCGAAUGUACGCAUUGCGAAUAUAAAACGAUACGCGCGCGGGACUUUAUCGGGCAUAUGACGAAACAUACCAGAGCUAAGGUCACGUGCACAAAGUGCGAUGCUUCGUUUACGUUUAAACAGUCAUUAGACAACCACAUUAUACAGAAGCAUCCCGAGUUUGCGGCUUCUGUAUCGUGCAAGGUACAUGAAUGUACGCAUUGUGAAUACAAAACUGCACACCCGGGGUCUUUGAAUAGGCAUAUUGUGAGGCAUACGGAAGCCAAGUUGAAGUGUACCAAGUGUGAUGCAUCAUUCAGGCUUAAACAGUCACUAGAUGACCAUAUUUUACGGAUUCAUCCUGAGUUUACUGCUUCUGUUUCUCGUAAAAUAUACGAAUGUACACAGUGUGAAUAUAAAAUCACCCGAAAAGACAGAUUUAAUAAUCAUUUAAGGAAACAUACAGGGUGAUUUUUUAUAAAGGUACACAAAAAAUUUGAAUACCGAAAUUGAAGGCAACAGUAUGCUCCUAACUUAGGACCGUAUCGUCAGUCGUUCCUACAAUUGAAGAGCAAAAAUGCAAAAACCGAUAAAUCCGUUUUUUACGAUUUUUCAGUUAGGCAUGGAAUUGGGUUAAUGGAAAAUGGAAUUUCAAAAGUUUUAAAUUUGACGAGGAUUUUUCUCUAGAGGUUUUGUCGUUUUGUCAUGGAUUUGCAUUUUUGCUCUUCAAUUGUAAGACGCCUUUAUUGUCUCCUUGAUUUUGAGGUUACGUCGCAGAUAUCUAUUUGCAUCAAUCAAUUUUGAUUUAUAUCAUCUGUUAUAUCAGCCUCACAUUUCCUAGAGUUCAAAAAGAAAACAAAGCCUUACAACAGGAGAGCGCUGAUGCUGACAGGAAGCAGCAGAAAUCUAGAAAUACUCCAGAAGGAGAAAAAAGACUAUGAAAAUCAAGGAGGCCAUAAAGGCGUCCAACUUGUCUAUAUAUAUAUAUAUAUAUAUUGAGACGUGGUCAUUGUCGUCUAGACCAGUUAGGUGAAAAAUUAAAGCUUCCGCCUUUUGUUGGGUAAUUUAAGCAAAGAGGACUCUUUAUACUUUUUUAAUUCUCUCUAGCUUUCAAUGGACUUUGCCAUCAUCAUCAUCAGGAGCUGCAAUUACAUUGAUAACAGUAGCAACAAUAGUGUAAAAUGUACUACUGUAAGUUAAGUCAAUUUAAAUUCAUUUUACACUAUUGUUGCUACUGUUAUCAAUGUAAUUGCAGCUCCCGAUGAUGAUGGCAAAGUCCAUUGAAAGCUAGAGAGAAUUAAAAAAGUAUAGAGUCCUCUUUGCUUAAAUUUUGUCCAAGUACCCAACAAAAGGCGGAAGCUUUAAUUUUUCACCUAUAUAUAUAUAUAUAUAAUUAUAUUUCUAUCCCUAAAGGGUGGUAACUCAAACAAACAUUUUUUUAAAACUCUAGAUUUUGAUAGUCUCUUUGAUUUAAGACUCUAUAGGGUUUGUUUGAAAUUUGUAGACAGUGUGGAUGUUUCAAAAGUUUUAUUUCGGUCAUCAGUUUUUUUAGUUCACGACGUUUCGAAUUAUUCACCUGAAGAGAACAUUUUUUCU